AUGUCUCGAGUGCGGUCCUCACUGGUGGCUGGCAGCAGGAUUGCAACCACAGCAACAUCAAGGCUGACCUUGGCAAACCAUGUGCAUCCCCUGCGUGCGGUAUGUCCAGUUGGCAGGUGGAACCAGGUGCGGAGCAUGUCAGGCGAUCUUCAGCAUGAGUUGGAGAAACAUCUCUCCUCGUCGGAUCGUGGCCGUGCUCACCACGAGCGAACGAUCGAGAAGACUCUGAAGAAAAUGAACCUGACCGUUGCCGCCAAAUCCUCAAAGAAAGUGAAGGACACACUUGUCACUCAAUGGGUCCUUCGGGAGCCGCUAAAGAUUGGCAUCUUCUUGUCUGACGAAGAUGUUUUGAAGCUGCGGGUCGGAUUUAAAAGGCCGGAACAGUUGGUGCAUGCCCGUGCCAUGAUUCUCGCCAACGAGUUGAACGAAGCCAGGCGUUUCGUGAAGACCUAUAUCGAUGAUGACAAGGACAUUGUAGUAGACAUGGAUGCUCCCCUAGCGGCUGUCGGGGAGCCGCAUGUGCAUCAUUUGCUGUCCAUUUUCAUACGCCAGCUUGUCGAGAUCUUUGCUGAGUUGAAGAAGGAGGUCGGACAUGAAGACAGUCCUUUCGGCAGAGACUCGUUCGAUCCAAUCGACCCAAAAUUGAAAUGGGUCCAUCAGCCAUAUAUGUGA